UCCUGGGAGCGCGCACGUCCUGGAGCCCGCCUUGACUGCAAUCGCUGGUGACGCGCACGUGUUGUGCCGCGGGUACGCGACCGCACAUAGGCCGAGGCUCAGAGGAUCCUGACCCAUGUGGAAGCUUCUCCCCGCUGCGGGCCCGGCCCGAGGAGAACCAUACAGGCUUUUGACUGAUGUUGAAUACAUUGUUGGAAGGAAAAACUGUGGCAUUCUAAUUGAAGGUGAUCAGUCAAUCAGUCGAAAUCACGCUGUGUUAACUGCUAGCUUUCCUGUAACCAGCCUGAGUCAGAAGGAUGAAAUCCCUAUUUUGACAAUAAAAGAUAAUUCUAAAUAUGGUACCUUUAUUAAUGAGGAAAAAAUGCAGAAUGGAAUUUCCAGAACUUUGAAGACAGGGGAUAGGGUUACGUUUGGGGUAUUUGAAAGUAAAUUCAGAGUUGAAUAUGAGCCUUUGGUUGCAUGCUCUUCCUGUUUAGAUGUCUCUGGGAAAACAGCUUUAAAUCAAGCUAUUCUGCAACUUGGAGGACUUACAGUAAACAACUGGACAGAAGAAUGUACUCAUCUCGUCAUGAUAUCAGUUAAAGUUACCAUUAAAACAAUAUGCGCACUCAUUUGUGGCCGUCCAAUUGUAAAGCCAGAAUAUUUUACUGAAUUCCUCAAAGCAGUUCAGUCCAAGAAACAGCCUCCACAAAUUGAAAGUUUUUACCCACCUGUUGAUGAACCAGCUAUUGGGAGUAAAAAUAUUGAUCUUUCAGGACGACAAGAAAGAAAGCAAAUCUUCAAAGGGAAAACAUUUAUAUUUCUAAAUUCUAAACAGCAUAAGAAAUUAAGUUCAGCAGUUAUUUUUGGAGGUGGAGAAGCAAGGUUGAUAACAGAUGAAAAUGAAGAAAAAGAUAGUUUCUUUUCAGCUCCUGGAACUUGUGUUGUUGAUAUGGGAAUAACAGAUUCACAGACCUUAAUUCCUGACUCUCAGAAGAAAUGGAUUCAUUCAAUUAUGGAUAUGCUUCAAAGGAAGGGUCUUAGACCUAUUCCUGAAGCAGAAAUUGGAUUGGCAGUUAUUUUCAUGACUACAGAGAAUUACUGUGAUCCUCAGGGCCAGCCCAAUACAGGAUUAAAGCCAACAACUCCAGGGCCAAGCCUUUCCCAAGACUUGUCAGUUGGUGAAAAACUAAUGCCAACUGCCCCUGUGAAUACCACAACAUAUGUAGCUGACACAGAGUCAGAGCAAGCAGAUACAUGUAUGGAUUUGAGUGAAAUGCCAAAAGAAAUGAAAAUUUCCAGAACAAAACAAAAGUUCAGGAUGCUUUCACAAGAAACAUCCACUAUAAGGGAACUCCCUAAAACAAGCUGUAAUGAUAAUAAUAUAGUGCCAGAUACUCUGGUUAGAAUGAAAAUUCCAAACUAUCAGCUUUCACCAACUAAAUUCCAAGGUGUAAGUAAAAGUAGAAAUAGGGCUUCUCAGCAAACCAACUCCAUCACAAACUACUUUCAGCCAUCUAUCAAAAAAAGGGAAAGGGAUGAAGAAAAUCAAGAACUGUCUUCAUCCAAAUCAGCAAGAAUAGAAAUGUCGUGUUCUCUUUUAGAACAAACAGAACCUGCUGCACUCUCGAUGUGGAAAAAUAAAGAACAGUAUCCACCUCAGAAUGAACCUCUGGACGAAAAAUCAGAAAACUUAUUUACAGAUGUAGAUUUAAAAUCUAAUGUGAAAAAUUCUGCCAAUGAAUCUCUUUCCACAGAAAAGCUAAUAUCAAAAAAAAGAAAAGAAGUUGAUGAUUUGGCUAUAGAAGAUGAAGUAUUAGAACAGUUAUUCAAGAAUACAAAACCAGAAUCAGGAAUUGAAAUGAGAGUUCAAAAACAAGAGGAAUGUGUCAAUAUUAAAAAAAAGCCAAGGUUCAUUAUAGAAACAAAUGGCACUUUUAAUGAUGAAGCAGUACCAGAACAUAAUAAAAUAUCUCAGGAAGAUGAAAUUGGCAAGAAAUGUGAGCUCAAGAAAGAAUCUCUAUGGUCAACAAAAGAACUGUCUAAUGAUGAACUUCAGGGUGAUGGUGAGAUGCUUCCAAGGAAAGUAUUACUGACAGAAUUUAGAUCGCUAGUAGUUAAUAACUCUACCUCCAGAAAUCCAGCCAUCAUAAAUGAUGAUUAUGGUCAGCUAAAGAAUUUCAAGAAAUUCAAAAAGGUCACAUUUCCUGGAGCUGGAAAACUUCCACACAUCAUAGGUGGAUCAGAUCUAAUAGCUCAUCAUGCUCGAAAGAAUACAGAAUUAGAAGAGUGGUUAAGGCAGGAAAUGGAGGUACAAAAUCAACAUGCAAAAGAGGAGUCUCUUGCUGAUGAUCUCUUUAGAUAUAACCCUAGUGUAAAAAGGAGAAGAUAACUGAGGAUUUUAUAAAGAAGCACAGAAAAACAUUUCCUAACAAGCAUUUACUUCAUUCUUCCUGAAAUACAUGAAUAUAGUAUAUAGAAGGGAUUUAAAUUACAAGUAUUUUAUGGCCUAACUUUGUUAAAUAAAAAACUCCAUUUCUUUUGUGUAUAA